GGAAUCAUCUUGGGAGAUGACAGAUGGAUGCAUAGGGAGGAUCGAAGCCUGCCAGCCAGCGUUGUAAACUCACCAUGGACCAGGGCUUCAGUUUCAGCACACUGAAGAAGUUAGCUGCAGAGCCAGAUCACACUGACGUCACUCUGCCAGCGGUGGAACGCGUGCGGGCCCUCAGCAAAAUGGGCUAUAACAUUGAAAUAAAUGAAGACAUCGCCCCGAGACGCUACUUCCGCUCUGGUGUUGAGAUGGAGCGUAUGGCAGCAGUUUAUCUAGAGGAGGGCAGUCUGGAGAAUGCCUUUGUCCUCUACAACAAGUUUAUCACUUUAUUUGUUGAGAAACUCCCCAGUCACAGGGACUAUCAGCAGUGCAACGUCCCUGAGAAGCAAGUAAUAAUGAAGAAAUUGCAGGAAGUGGCCUUUCCACGAAAGGACCAACUGAAGAGACUUCUCCAUGAGAAAUACAGCAAAGAACACAGUGAAUAUCUGAAGAGUCAGACUCAAGCCAUGGCUGUUGAUAUGUGUAGUGAACGACUGCAGAAGAUGUCUCUGUUGGAGGAGGAACGGCAACGUGUAGCACAGCUCAGGAAGAUGCAAAUUGAGUCUGAGCAGUUCCGCUACUUUGAGGACCAACUGCAUAGACAAGAGUUGGCCAGUCACAGAGAUGAGACUGUUCCCAAAGUGCCUGAACAAACUGAUGGGUCCUGCUUAUCCCAGAUCCCGAGAAACCAUGUGCGCCUUGACCCCAAUCGUAACAAACCAGCGGCCUCCAUCCCCAAACCGGCAGCCACCUUAGCAGCUGUACAAAAUCAGCGUGUCGAAGGCCUGAGGCGGGUUUUAAUCGCACGAGACCUGACUUACAGGUUCCUUCUGCUGGCUGACAGUAACACGGCGAGAGGAAUUGAGACAUGUGGAGUUCUCUGUGGAAAACUGACGCACAACGAGUUUGUGCUGACCCAUGUGAUCGUCCCCAAGCAGUCUGCCGGUCCUGACUACUGUGACAUGGAGAAUGUGGAAGAGCUGUUCAGUUACCAGGACCAUCAUAAUCUUCUGACCCUGGGCUGGAUCCAUACACACCCGACACAGACAGCCUUCCUCUCCAGUGUGGAUCUGCACACACACAGCUCUUAUCAGCUCAUGCUACCUGAAGCCAUCGCCAUUGUUUGCGCACCUAAACACAAUGACACGGGAGUGUUCCGCCUCACCAGUGCUGGAAUGGGAGAAGUGGCUGGAUGCCGAUUGAAAGGUUUUCACCCCCACUCUAAAGACCCUCCUCUGUUCACUAUUUGCAAGCACAUUGUGGUGAAGGACUCGAAAACGACAGUUCUGGACCUCAGGUGGCGUCCUUUAUCAAGGCAUACUAUGAGGCUGCUACAAUGUGAAUUGAUUUCAGGACUUUUUUUAAAGGAAGUUGUGUGUGUGUCUGUGUGUGAUUUGCCUUUUCAUAUCAAGUGAUAUCACUUGCAGUUCUCGCUUUAACACAAUAUACACUGAAGAAGUGAAAUUUCAUUUUAAACCGAACUGAAUUUCCUAGUUUUGUGUUUGCUGCCAGUACAAAAAUAAAAUGGUUUGCUACGAGAGUGAUUUCUAGGCCUUACUAUGUUAAAAUCGAUGUGGUUGAAUGGUUGAUAAUUAUACUUUGUAUAUACAGUAAGUUCAGAUAUUUUCAGGCUAAAGGAUUUCUGUCUUUUUCAACUUCAGCCUAAUGACGUGAUGCGAAGUUGGCCAGUGAGCUGACUGUUUUGAUUUCCAAGUUCAGCAUUUUUUUCCAAUGUGGACCUGAUUACAAGGGAAGUGACUCUUGAAAAGUAUAAACAAGAUUGGGAUCUCUUAGACCAGACCAAAGUUCCCAUAACAGAAUAAGCAAAGAAACCUAAGAGAUAUUACCAGAGGCCCUUGAAUGCACUACUCUCAGGGUUCCAUUCCCUCAUUUUAACAACUUGAUUUUUGUCUCCACUAUAUUUAUGGUUUGAGAAGAAAACUUUUUGUCACCAGCAGAAGAUAAAAUUCACUGUACGAUAAGUUGUGAACUCCAUGCAGUUCAGAGAGUGUUCACUAUAUCAUGUAUUUCUUGUAUAAUGUGGCAUUGGAUUGUUUCUUCAGUGUGUUGCUGUGUGCCAGUGGCUCCACUGACAUGUGCUGUGCUGUUGUGGCUCUUUGUGCACAAGAGAGUACAAGUGCAACACCAUUUUUCCUCAGCGCAUUUGUUAAUAAAAGCAAAAAACCUCUGUUAUGAAACAGCAUGAUGCUGUUUUUUGUUUUUUAAUCUGUAAUUGAUUUAGAGUGAAAAGCUUCAUCAUCUACCCAAGCAAACUGAUGAUAGAAUGAUGAAAUGAGAAGCAAACAUUUAGCAUGACUCAUCACAGGAUAUUGAUUGCUCAUACAUGUUUCAACAUAUCAGGUAUUUUUGGUCAAAAAUGGGAAAACAAUUUCCAUUAACAUUUAGUUUAAGAAAACACCUUAGCAUUUUUGACCGGUGAUUUUCCAUGACUUUUG